AUGCUUGACUCGCGCGAUAUAAGCAAGGUGUGCACUGGGGCCAUGUCUUCUCCAGUGAAGAAAGUCAAUGGCAACAGCCGCAGGAAACGCACACCACCAUACUCGGCCGACCGAGGGGCAACCACACCCACUCACGGCAAGUCCCAACCCAUGAACAUAGCAAACACCCACAAAAAUCACGUUGCAGAUGCCAACUAUCACAAGAACGACAGCUCUGGCGGUAGUUCCGAUGGGUCGCUAAGUAGUAGUAAAAAGGGAAAGAACACCACAGGAGGCACCAAACACAAGAUUGGUAGUAACGAGGCACCGCAUGCCACUCGUAACAGCAAGUUGUCUAAGAACACGGGCAAAACGGGAAAAAAGACAAGCUCAACUCCACCAGUGCUAAAGGGAAAGUUCGGUACAGCAGGCAACGGCAGCAGCACUAAGAAGAACCAUACGAACAAUAACAACACCAAUAAUAACUUAAAAAAGUCCAAUGUAAUUCCACGUGUGCAAUCGCAGCGCCAGGGUGCACCGUGUGUACCACAGUCAGACCCAGCGGACUUCUAUGCGGCAGGCGACUACUCGUACAGUGCGCCGGAGCCAUCGGCCCUGCCACCUCCGCCCAUGGGAUGGUUGUCUAAUAACUCACCUCUAGCACGCAGUUCUGAGUUGAUGCGGGGGGGCGUGCGGAGCUAUGAGUCAUCACCCACAAUGGUCUCGGAGAAAGAGGCGUACAACCGAAGUGCAGCAACCAACGAUUUGCGCACGCUCUUGCAUGUUGUUUAG